AUGUGCAUGUGUGAUGUUCAAGAGGAAACUCUUACUCAUGUGUUAUAUGAGUGUUGCUUUGCUACAAGAGCCUGGAAUUGGAUAGCUGAUGUGUUCAAGUUACAACCUAAUGCUAACCUUAUUGUUUAUUUUAAAGCAGCAAAAGCAAGGAGUCAUAUUGUCCGUGAUAUGUGGCUUAUUACCAACCUUGUUCUUAGGUCGGAGCUAUGGAAGUUGCGGAACAAGGCUGUUUUCGAGCAUAAAAAGCCUAAUUGGAGUAUCUUUCAUAAGCGCGUUCUGAAGUUGAUACAAGAUUAUUCAAUUCGGCUCAAGGGUCAUAUGAACAAUAGUGAUGAUGAUGUUGUUCUUCUGAACUAUUUUAUAGUUCAGCACCGUAGUGUGAAGUUGCAUCAUCCUGUGGCUUGUUUUUGGUUACCGCCUGAGGCUAAUGAAUUACAAAUUUGUUGUGAUGGAGCGGCGAGAGGUAACCCAGGCGUUGCGGGUGCAGGUGUAGUAGCUAGGGAUGAGCAUUGUUCAGUUCUUGGUGCUAUGAGUAUUGGGCUAGGAGUCACAACGAAUUAUUUAGCAGAAUUGUAUGGCAUUAUUGUUGGUUUGGAGUGGGCUAUGCAAUGGGGUUUUUCUUGUAUUUGUAUAUGA